GCAGUUUUUGAGAGAAAUGUGCAGGAAGCCAUCGACAAUUAUACUUGUGAAAUGCUUUCGUCGCUUUCAUCUAGUGGUCCUACAACACCCACAGAGUUGAAUAAUUCUUGGUCUGGAAUAAACAGCUAUACUACUGGUUUGUCUACUGAAAGAAGUUCAGUUUACUCCUGGAGGGAUGAUGAAUUUGAUAAAGCCAACACACAGAGAGUGCAUCAGUUAUUUUGGGAGAUUGAUGAAAUGCUGUUUGAAGGAAAAGUCACCUCCCAAACUCAGAGCCUGCAGGCAGAAUGUGCAGACUGGGUUGAACGAUUUCCUCAUCUAAGGGUUCUAGGAAAGCAGCUCCUAUUGCCAAAGGAUGAAGGCUUUCAGCAUUUUCAGAGCAGAAGUGAUACCUCUGUGGAUACUAAGUGUUUACCUGGCCUCCGUGAAUGUACUAGUAAUAUAAAAGAGCUCUUCAUUUCUGGCUCUAAACUGAUCCCAACAGCAUCUCCAGUACAUAAAUCACUAGAUUCAAGGUCCACUAGGAUUUCUGCCUCUGCCUCAUCCAUGUAUUCAUUCCUGGAAGAAGAAAUCUAUGAUGUGGAUGGAAAAAUAGAAGAAUAUCUUGCCUUUGACAACAAGGAGCUUGAUGAUGAGAGUUGGGAACAAAAGAAAAUGCGUCUUGCUGAGAAGAGGAGUAAGCGUGGCAUUCCCCCUGUUUCUCCCAAUGCCUGUAUCAAAGAUGCCGUGGUUUCUGAAGUAUUUGAUCGUAUCUGGAACAAUGUAAUUGGAAUAUUGGAGGAACUGAUUAAAAAAAAUUGGGAAACUAGUAUAACAGAAGGUGACAAACAAGUGGAAAAACUGAAAGCUGUUACAGCAAAACUGCCACAUUUGCCAGUUGUUCGUAUUCCAGCAGAUGCUGGGGGCGUUCUGCUUUCCAGAGGCUCUGAAGCACGAAGUGUAUCUUUUGGGUCUCAUUUUGUUUCCUCGCAGGUUCACCGUUUCUCCAGCAACUUCUGUAGUGAUUUGAAUGGUGUGAUGACAAUUCAAGCAAAACCACUCCAACAGAGGCAUGCUGCCACAGUAGAAAAAAUACAGAACGAGCAAGAAGACAAACAGCAUAGCAUUGGCUCCAGUGCUCCAAAUUCAGUGCACGCUAGGUUGGGGAGAAUUGCUGAUAACAGUGUUCUCUCAUCAUCUCGGGUACUGCUGGCAUCUUCUAGGAAGCUACCAAGCCAUCGUAGGUUACCUUCUCUCACUUCUGACCAACUCUCCUCAAAAGCUCCUAAUAUGUACAAUGAUGAAAUCCUUAGGGGGACUAAAUUGGGUGCCAGCUCGGAUCGUUUAUCUUCUGCUCGUGCACCUACAACCCGGAACAAGUUACCACCAAUAAACUCAGAGGCUGUUGAACGGUAUCUUGCAGUACCUCGAUUGCAACAGAGCUCUCAUCAAGGACGAUAUGCUUAUAGCAGAGUGUCAAGUGCAGUGCCUGGCAGUACAGAGCAACGGCCACUCAGAGAAAGAACUGUUAUUAUUGAUCAAUUUUCAAGGCCCAACACAACUCAUACAUUCAGGACAGACACACCUCAGAAGAGAUCACUGACUCCCAUGGAUUUUGCUAACCACAGAGGGACAGGUCAAGGAUUUUUAAUAGGCUCACAGCAUUACUAUAGAUCCUUUCAGAGAAAUCCUCCAACCUCAAGGAAGAGAUUUCAGAUUGCUUCUUAACCCAGCUGAGGAAGAAACAGAAACCCCCUGCACUGAAUGGACGACUGAAGCACUAAAUUUGCCAGCUACUAUUUUGUGUAACAAAGAACAUGUGCAGUAUGCUGGUUUCUGCUG